AUGGCUCCACUAAAUGAGCCUGUCUUGAAUCAAAUCAUCAUCUCCCCUUCCGACACAGACUACCUGGACCAGCUCAUCCCAUCCAUACGAGACUACAGUGUCGGAAAUCGAACCCCACAACUCCUACAGUCCCUGUCACGCUUUGCAGGGGACAAAGAAUCCGAAAUUGAAGGCAUUUGCAAUACCAACCACCAAGAAUUUGUCUCUUCGGUCAACUCAUUACUGCGCAUCCGGGAAGGAACAGUGAGUCUCACAGCGGAGAUUCUGGACCUCAACCAAUCCAUUCAAACCAGCACAGAGCGUCUGGCCGAACAGAAGAAGGCGUUGGUGGAAUCGCGGGGCCACCGGCAAAACAUAGAUGAGACAUCGCGUGCAAUUCAGGACUGCCUCGAGGUUUUGCGGUUGGCCAAUCAAGUCCACGAUCUCCUGGCAAAGAAGAAUCACUAUGCAGCUCUGCGCGCGCUCGAGGAGCUCCAAAAUGUCCAUCUCAAGGGCGUGACGCAAUACAAGAUCGCUGUGAUGAUCCAACGCUCCGUCCCCGCCACACAGCGAGCCAUUGCCGAGGCGGUCAUGUCCGAUCUCAACACCUGGCUGUACCGAAUCCGAGAAAUGUCGCAAUAUCUCGGCGAGAUUGCGCUCUUCCACACAGACCAGCGAAAGACACGACAGAAGCAACGGGCCGGCAAUAUGCCUUAUCUGGAGCAUUUCAAUCUAAAUUCUGCAAUCGAAUUAGUAUCCGACGAAGAUGAGGAGUACGAUCUGCUUCACAAUGAGGACCUUCAGGUCGAUUUCACCCCGCUGUUUGAGUGUUUGCAUAUUCAUCAAUCGUUGGGCCAUAUGGAUAAGUUCCGAAUCGAAUAUGCAACUACACGUCGGAGGCAAAAAGAGCUGUUGCUCCCAUCCGCAAUCACCCUGAUCGACGAAGAUGGAUCUAGCCUUCACAAUCUUCUGGAAGAAAUGGCUGGUUUUGCUAUAGUCGAGCGGGCCACAAUGAAACGAGCUCCUGAUCUUAGAUCAUCUGUUGAUAUCGAUGAACUCUGGGACUCAAUGUGUCAAGGGGCUGUCGUACUGAUUGCCAAGGCACUUCACGAAGUCGACAAUGCGGAGAGCAUCCUUAAUAUCAAGAAUCUGAUUGCGCUCUUCAUGCAGACCAUGAAUACAUGGAGCUUCCCAGUCCGGGUUUUCGACGACUUCUUAUUAAAACUCUUUGAGAAAUAUGCGGAGCUUCUCAAGAAACGGUUCAGUGAUGAUUUCCAAGAGAUUGUAUCAACGGAUGAUUACAUGCCAAUGCCUAUCCAGACCCAAGAGGAGCAUGACAAGGUACUCAACGUGAGCUGGUAUAACCCGGAGAAACCUCGCGAGGAGCAAGUUUUCCCAUGCAUUCUACCAUUCUCUCGGAUGUAUCCGCUGUGUUGCAUCGACAUUCGGAACUUCUUGAACCAGUUCUAUUUCUUCGCAAACGACGGUUUUGCAAACACAAAUGUCAUCGAUGAAACAUUGAAGACUGAUUUGGACGAUCUUCUCUCACAAAAGGUCUGUGACACGCUGGUCGAACGUCUUUCAUCACAAUAUCUGGGACAAAUCGUUCAGAUUCUCAUCAACUUGGAGCAUUUCGAGCUGGCUUGUCGCGAGCUGGAGCUUCUUUUGGCAGCUGCUCGAUCCCAAAACUCGACUGGUACUUCAAUCGCUCUGAAGGCCACCGAGAAAUUCCGAAGCAACAAGAAAGCUGCCGAAAAGCGUAUCUUCGAGGUUGUCAACUCCAAGAUUGACGAUCUUAUUGAAACAGCAGAAUACGAAUGGAUGUCUCCCACGCCUCCUACAGAGCCCAGCAAUUACAUGCAAACCUUGACUCGCUUCUUAUCGAACAUCAUGAACUCGACACUGUUGGGUCUGCCCACAGAAAUCAAAGAGCUUAUUUAUUUCGACGCCCUCAGCCAUGCUGCUAACAUGAUUCUGGCACAACCGCUGUCACCCGAUGUGAAGAAAAUCAAUCCCAACGGAGUAUCUGCUUUGGCGAAGGAUGUUGAGUAUCUUGCAGAGUUUGUGGACAGCUUAAAUGUCCCCAUCCUCCGCGAGAAUCUUGACGAGUUGCAGCAAACGGUGCAGUUGAUGCAGGCCGAUAGCGCAGAUGAAUUCUACGACAUUUCCACCCGAAACAAGAAAUAUGGACGUGUGGAUGCCAUGCAGGGGCCAAUUUUACUUGAAAAACUUACACGCAAUGUCCAGGCUCCUACGAAGACUGACAAGUUUGCACAACUCUCUUCACGAUUCAAGAAGACGGGAUGA